CAUUUUUACAGGAUAGUUUAAAAAAAUAUGUUCUGUUAUGUCUUUUUUGGUAAUUCUGUCUUUUUUGGUCAUUUUGUUUCUUUUUGUGUCGUUUUUAAGUAAUUUAGGGGUUUUUCAGUAAUUUUGUGUGUUUUUUAAUUUUUUGUCUUUUUUUGGUAAUUUAGUGUCUUUUUUUGGUAAUUUUGUGUCAUUUUUUUAGUAAUUUUCUGUCUUUUGUAAUUUUGUGUCUUUUUUUUGGUAAUUUUGUGUCAUUUUUUAAAGUAAUUUUCUGUCUUUUUUUUGGUAAUUUUGUGUGUUUUCUAAGUAAUUUAUUUUUUGUGUGUCAUUUUGUGUCUUUUUCUUAUAGUAUUUUCCUGUCUUUUUUGUCAUUUUGAUACUGCCUCCAGCGGCCCCCAUGUAAUUUGAGUUUGAGACCCCUGAUUUAAAUAAUAUUUUCUUUAAAUCCUCCCACAAAAUUGCUUGAACGCGAUUCUGCGACAGAGUGAGGCAUCUUCUCAAAUAGACGACCUUUGACUGGUGUGUACAGCUGCUGCAAAUCGGGCGUGAGGGAGCAGACGAGUGGCAAGGAAGUGUGAAGCCCAUAGGUGAAGCCUGCCGCUGUCGGAAGCGCAGGAUAGUCAUGGAUAAACCUGAAAACCCGCCGCUGUAGGAUCGAUCAGGCAAGCCCCCGAGCCCGAGGACAGCCGGAGGAAACUUUACAUACCGCCGCUGCAAAGACCGGAGACGGCGGAGGGCUUCCUCCGGUCCCUCCCUGCUGGAAGAAAUGUGGCUAAACCCGGAGGAAGUUCUGCUGAAAAACGCUCUAAAGCUCUGGGUGACCGUGAGGAGCAACGACUUCUUCCUCCUGCAAAGGAGGAGAGGCCACGGGGAGCCGACAGGCAGGAUCACCGGUCUCCUGGUGGGGGCGCUAGACACGGUGCUGGACUCCAAUGCCAGGGUCACACCCUUCAGAAUCAUCCUGCAGGUUCCCGGCUCCCAGGUCAGCUGGGUCAUCGCCAGCGGAGCCGCCAUAGAGGAGGUGAACAAGCACUGGGACUGGCUGCUCCACAACCUGCUGCACUCUCUGUCUGUGUUUGAGAACAAGGAGGAUGUCGCCAGCUUUGUCAGAGGAAAAGUCAAGGGCCUCAUUGCAGAGGAGCUCCGGGGUCGCCAGGCUGCCCAGGAGGAGGACCCAGAGAAGUUCAGGGAGGUGCUGCAGAAGUUCGAGCUGCACUUCGGCCUCCCUUCGUCAGAGAAACUGGUGACGUACUACUCCUGCUGCUGCUGGAAGGGCCGGGUGCCUCGGCAGGGCUUCCUCUACCUCAGCAUCAACCACAUGGCCUUCUACUCCUUCCUGCUGGGCAAGGAAGUUAAGUUUGUGAUCCCUUGGGCGGAGGUGACGCGGUUGGAGCGGGUCUCCACCGGUCUGAUGACGGAGGCCAUCCGGGUGAACACGCGGGAGCGGCAGAGGGAAUUCUCCAUGUUCCUCAACCUGGACGAGGCAUUCGGGGUCAUAGGUCAGCUGGCUGACAUCGCCCUGAGGCGGCUGCUGGACAGUGAAGGCCUGGAGCUGGACCGAGUCCUGCAGCAGCCUGCACGCAUCACCAAGAGGGUCCUGGAGGAGCAGGCAUUAAGGGAGUACGUCCUGGCUCUGUUUCGGCUCCCUCGUGCUGAAAGACUCCAUGAGGUGGCCUCCUGUUCAGUGUGGACUCCACACGCUCGCUGCCACAGAGCGGGGACGCUCUACACCACUGACAGCUAUCUGUGUUUCUCCAGCCGAGAGGAAGGCAACUGCACCCUGCUUAUCCCCCUCUCAGAGGUGUUGUCCAUAGAAAAGGCGGAGAGCACCAGCCUGCUUCCCAACCCCAUCAUUGUGAGCAUUCGGACUAAGAAGGCCUUCCAGCUGAUCGAGUUGCAGGACAGAGACGAGCUGGUGGAGAGCCUGAACUCCAGACUCCGAGCUCUGCAGUGGAAAAAGUCCAUGUUCCGCAGCAGGAAGGACGGCAAGAGGAGCAUGAGCUCCCCGACACCCUACUACACUUUCUACUACGACACUGGGUACUCUGAUGAAGAGGAGAUAGAGGAGCAGGUGCUGCGUAACACCGUCAACAGCGAGGCUCUGAUGACGGCCUUCCACCAAAGCCAACCAGGAAACAACGGCAACAAGAGCAUGGAGCAGGUGAAGGAGCGGCUGUGGGAGGAUCAUUUCUCAGAGUUUGGUCGUGGCGUCCAUAUGUUUCGCACAGACAAGAUCCAGAGACUUGUAGCCAUGGGGAUACCAGAGUCGCUGCGAGGGGAGCUGUGGAUGACACUUUCUGACGCGUCCUCUGAGCUGGAGUCCCACCAGGGUUACUACAGCAGCAUGGUGCAGAAGUCGAUGGGUCAGAGCAGCCUGGCCACAGAGGAGAUCGAGCGGGACCUCCACCGAUCUCUGCCGGACCAUCCCGCCUUUCAGAACCCGACUGGCAUCGCUGCUCUGAGACGUGUCCUCACUGCCUACGCUCACCGCAACCCCAAGAUCGGAUACUGUCAGUCGAUGAACAUCCUGGCGUCGGUGCUGCUGCUCUACGCUAAAGAGGAAGAAGCGUUCUGGCUGCUGGUGGCGGUUUGUGAGAGGAUGCUGCCUGACUACUUCAACCGACGGGUCAUAGGAGCUCAAGUGGACCAGUCCGUGUUUGAGGAGCUCAUCAGGGAGCGUUUGCCCGAGCUGGCUGAACAGGUGCCGGACCUCUCCACCCUCUCCUCCGUCUCCCUCUCGUGGUUCCUCACCCUCUUCCUCAGCGUCCUGCCCUUCCAGAGCGCCGUCUGCGUGGUCGACUGUUUCUUCUUCCAUGGUAUCAAAGCCAUCUUCCAGCUGGGUCUGGCGGCGCUGGAGGCCAAUGCUGCUCAGCUCUCCGCCAGCACAGAUGAUGGACAGGCACUGAUGAUUCUCACAAGUUUUCUGGACCAGGUUGGAAACGAAGAGUCGUGUUGUCCUCCGUCCUCCCCGCCACCUGCAGCUGCAGAGGAGACGACCAGCAGAGACACUGAUUCUCCUGCUGUGCAGCACACAAACAUCACUGACCUCAUCAACGAGUCCUACGAGAAAUUCGGAGACCUGACAGUGCGGCAGAUUGAGAGGCUUCGCUGUCGACACAGAAUCCGAGUGCUGCAGGCUCAUGAAGACACCACCAAAGAAAACACUCUGAGAGUGGUGACUCCAGAUGUUUCCAUCUCUCCAGAGAACUUGGCUGAAAUCUACAACCUCUUCAAGACGGAGCACUUCAUCAGUCUGUACUGGGGGGACAGCAGCUCUGCGGCGGCUGCAGAGGCGGCAGCGUGGCGUUACUGUGACUCCGCUCGCUCCUACAUAGAGCGGCAGUACCGGCUGGACCGGCCGCAGUUCAAGAGCCUCUUCGGGCUACUGGUGCCGUGGCCCGGCAGCACCAACCAGCACGCAGACACACUGGCCAACCGCACCUUCACCCUGCUGGACCAGGACUGCGACAACCUGGUCACCUUCAGAGAGUUCACCGGCUGGCUGGACACUCUGUACUGUGAAGAGCUGAAUGAGAAAAUACGGCUGCUGUACUGUCUGCACAUCCCACCAGCUCUGACAGAAAGUGAGGAUGACCCCUCUUUGAUGAAGAGCCCCCUGGUGUCCACAAACAGACCCCUCUACGUUAAUCUGCCCUCUGGUGUUGAAGAUGAAGUGAAAGAUUACCAGGAGCAACUCAAACAGAUGCUGCAGGAUCUGGUCAAAGAACGGGAGAAAGAUGUGGAGAAGCCUCUGCCACUCAUGAACCAGCGAGAGUUCAUCCAGUUCUGUAAGACGCUCUACAGCAUGUUCCACGGCGACCCGGAGGAGAACGACCUCUUCCAGGCCAUCGCUACCGUGACCAGUCUGGUGCUGCAGAUUGGCGAGGCUGGCCACCGGGGACAGAGCUCCGGGUCAGAGGUCACCAGCCGGGAGGAGGAGGAAGAGGUGACCGCAGCAGACGCUGGGAGCUCGCCGACAGAGAGCGAGUGGACGGUCAGCUACGCUCAGAUCCUGGCGUCGCUGCUCACAGAGCAGGCGCUGGUGAACUUCUUCGAGAAGCCCGUGGAUCUGUCUGUGAAGAUCGCCGAGGCCAAGGAGAAGCAGUACCACCAGAGGGCGGGUUUACUCACGCUGCAGCAAGGGACCAGCUGACUGAAAUGUGAACUCUGAACAAGAAACAAGCCAAAUUUUUUCAUGAAGAAAACCACAAUAUCAGUAUCAUUUGACACAGUGUGACAGAAUAAAGCUGCCUCAGAUUCCAGAAACUACACAGCCUUAAUAGUUAUGUGACAUUUGUUUGCCGCCACAGUGGCUCGGCCUCUGAUCCCUUUUUUCGAAAAAGACAGUAUUUACGCUCCAAAACGCAGCAGCAGGCCAUAAAAUGGUUGACUCACUGGUAUGAAGCAGCGACAUUAAUAAAAACAGGAGACCUUUUAGUUCUUUUGGCCUGGAGGAACUCUAAUUAUUGCCUUCUAACAUCACCAGGAGGAUGCCUGCAGUUAAACUGUUUUGUGGACAAAUAAUCACCACUUCCUAAUAAGGCAGCCCCUAUAAAGUGUUUAUAAGCUGUGACUAUUUACUUUAUUAAAGGUUUAUAAAUAGAUUACUAAUUCUGUAUAGCUCGCUUAUUAUAAGGCGUUAAUUUGAUUAAUUUGGCAGGUUGUGAAUUAAUAAGGUUAAUAUUAAAGGGUCUCGCUUUCUCAAAAAACAGUCUGUUGUUAAUUAACACUCCUUUCACUUUAUAUCAAACAACAACCAAAAUAAUAAAAAGUAUAUGUAAUUAAAAAUGUAAAUAACAAGUCUUUAACUGUAAGUAAGUUGUUAAUAAAUACAUUGUAUUCGGUCAAACAUUUUUCCUGUUGAUGGAAGAUUUUUACAAUCUGGCAAUGCAAAAUUUGCCUCUAUUAAUCACUUAUAACUGAUCUACUAAUCAAUAGUACCUGAUAAAGGCAUUAUUUAUAACUCGUUAUAAAGGCUGUCUUAUUAGAAAGUUAUUAAUCCUGACAAAGAACAGUUCAGCAUUCAGGACAAAUCUAGCAUGCAUAUAGUGUUCUUUUUUUAUUGAUUUUAUACCUUUGUUUCUUAAUAUUAAAUGUUUUCAAAUGCACGCACCUUGAACUAAAUAUAUUUUUUAGACUUUUUUUCAAAUUACUGGAGAAAAAAAGGUAAUUUACCAUUUCAGAAUGCUGAAGACAGACAACACUGCUGAAAUUGUCCUUUUGAAUAAAAGACACUUAUAAGGAUGUCACUUCUUUUCUCAUAAGCAAAACUAGUCUGAUAAUUGUCAUUAUCAGUUUGUUUUCACUUCAUUACUCAAUCUAACAUUGUAUCCCGUUGUUUUUUUGUCAUCAUGUCAAGGCUGCAGUAACUGAUGCCGAGACAAAUUAACAUUUAUGCAGAUUUGCCUUUUCCUUGAGUCAACUUGCAGCAUUUUUCUGACAUCCCUGUUCUUAACCAGAUCCACAAAGCUGUGACUGUUUUUCUUAAUGUGAGAUGUGAUGCACAAGGAUUUAUAGGUCUGAAACUCUGCUAGAGCCAAACCGUGUUGUUUAGAUGCUUAAAGGCAAAGUCUCUGAAUAUUGCAGCCUGAAAUUGUUGAAAGUCUCAGAAAUAUGUCCACAAAUUAAAGCAGAUAUCUAAAACAGUCGCACAGUCAUUGUUACUUGAAGUGCAAACCGCUGCACAAUAAAUUAUACUGUGCAAAGUAGCAAAACUUCUUAAAUGAAAACUUGGCUGUUAUUGUUGUCAAACUAGUCAAAGUGCAUAAAUUAUAGGGGGGUGUUGAGAUGUUCCAAAGCACAUCAUUUGAUUCGACUUUGGAUUUUAAGCUCAAGAUUUUUCAAGUUAAAGUUGUUUUUUCCAGAGUUGAUGGCUACGUCAUUUUUCAACAGAUAAUUUGUUUUAUGAUCUGAUAACUGAUAACAUUCACAUUCAUGGUAUCAAAUCUGAUAUAACAUCAUUUUUCUAAUGCAAGAUACCACACUAGAACUUCGGUACACUGCUUUGAAUUUCAAUACCUGAAACUGAAUGCUCAUUUUGAUCGAUUUUUCAUCAAAUUGAAAUUUGUGACACUCCAAAUAAACAAUAUGUCCUCUC